ACACAAUGCUUGUUUCAGUUCUAGUGAACGCUCUCGGUGGCAGUUCGCUGUUGAGGUUGUGAAGGAUCUGCGUCAGUUCGGAGUUCUGCACCAAGCUGACACGUCCGCUCACUGGAUUAUACAUGGCCGAUCUGUGGGGGGUUUUCUUUUAUCGUGCUCCUCAGUCAGUGAGGGACCGACCAUGAGAGUGUAUUAGCGGGGAGUGGAUUGAUUCGGGCUUCCCAGAGGAUGGCAGCUCUCUGAGGGAAGGAACUGCGCCAAUCCACACCGAGGUAGGCUUUGAAUCAUGGUCCGGUUCAAGGAUUCUGUGUAAAGAUGGAUGGCCGAGAAUUUGUCAACAUGCCCCCCUUAGGGCUGCCACUGGAGCCUGGCCGUGUUUCCUCUGGAGCAGCUGGUGGGCGCCUUAUUCCAUCCACAGGUCAAUUGCCGCCAUUUUGCACAGCAAAGUAUUUCCCCACACCUCUUGGUUUACACUCACAGCCAGGCUUUCCUCACCUAGGAAGAACGGUGUACCAUUCCUACAUUCCUAUAAGUCACCUGGAUUCCUCUACAGGUGGUAGCCCUCUGCUGACUCACAUGGGGCCACGGAAUCUGAUUGAGCCUCCAAAAGAUGGCUUUUGCUUUUCUACUCCAUUGUCAACGUAUCAUCCUCGGCCAUCUAUAGGGAAGACGUCGACAAACCAGAUACAGAAUUCUCGUUUGAAUGAGAAUGAUGCUAUGUGUCACUCCUUCAAGAAUUCAAGAGAUGCUUCCAAAGACUCUAAAGAAAAGUUUUGCAGAAAUGAACUGUUUAACUCUCAGUUGAUGGGCACAUCAAAAAAAGAUGGUCGACUAUCUGAGGAGACAUUUUCUGGUGAAAUGGUUGAUCAUGAUUCAGAGACUAAAAUGGAAAAAGAGAGGAAGAGAAGUGGUCUUCCUAGGGUGCCUAAGAUUGGGGACCAUGUUUCUUCCUUCAUUUCUGAGCAAGCUCUGAUCAACUGUUCGGGAAGCAGUGAAAAGCCUACACACACUCUUCAGACCUCUCCGUUAAGUAGUUACAACCAUGGUAGUAAUUCAUUUGUUAAAUCGCUUGGCUCUGAGGUUGACAGAUGUGUCAAAGAUGCAAGCAGGCUUGAUGAAAAUGUAAAGACUUUGCUACCUGAAGGUUUAAAUCGAGCAAAACGCAGUGAUUCUGCAGUGACACCAGCUACUACUUUGAAUGUCUUGUGCAGCUGCUCUUCAUUACAUCCCUCAAACUUGUGUAAAAUAGGUUCCUCUUCCCCAGUUCUUGCACAGCCUCUCCCCAAUUCCAUGUACAACAUCAGAGGACAAAGAAAGGACAGUGAUAAGAUAAAGACCACAGUAACCCCAACUUGUGAGCUUCAUUUUGAGGUGUUGAAGGAACAGAAUGAUUCUAGACAAGUUGGCAACCAAAUCCAUAACUUUAAAGGAAAAGAAAUUGGCAAGCUGGAUGAAAAGGCCGAAGUCUUGUAUUCACAUUUUGUCCAGGAAGUUUCUAACAAUGAACUUAAAAGGGUGGAGGUAUUUAGGGAGAAGGGGUCUGUAAUUUGCUGUAACUCCUCCAUAAAAAGUCAAGGUGUAUCUGAUUCACGAAUAGACACUCCCACAGUUAAUUCUUUGGAAAAACGAAUAUCUAUAUCUGCAAAAGAUACUGGUACUACCUACUGCCAGCAAGGUGACCACUCUAAAGAAAAAUGUAAGGUCUCUGGGUUUUUAGAUUCUCAUCAGCACACGGGACAUCCCCUUGCAAACCCCCCAGAACAGAAAGUGAAGCAUUUAGAAAUCACUGAUUUUAGGGCUUCACAAAUGGAUGGUUUAUCAGCACAACAUUUCACAACUCAUGGAAAAGAGGAAGCAAAGAAACUAUGUGUGGAACCAAAGACUUUGGGUUCCAACAAACCCCCUUCUGAUUUUACAUAUCCGUUUACUCACUCUGAUGGCUGUGCUAUGCAGAGCCUUAUUAAAUAUAGUGGAAAUUUUGAGAAAGAGGCAGCUAUUUGGAAAAGUAGUGACAAGAAAAGUCCGUUUGGGGGACUUGGAAGCAUGAGGUUGGAUGAAUCUCAAGUGAAAGCUGCAAAGGGGCAAAGUGUGUCCCAUCAAGAUGUUAAGAGAGAUCCGGAUAGACCUGGAAGUACUAAAUUAUUUAUAAAGGAUACAGUGGGUUUCCAAGGAGAAGUAGAAGUGCGUAAUCCACCUGUUGGAAUUGCUGUAGCUGUUGCCCGACAGAAGGACACCAGUGGAAAUAAAUCAGUUUCCUCUAAAGGACAUACAAAUGAAGAGAAUGGAGAUGAGCAAAUUAGAAACUGCAAUGAAAGAGUUUUAAUAGAAAGAAUGGACAGGGAGCGUGCUGCAUUGCUUCGAGAAAACAAAGAUCUCCCAGACCUCUCCCCAAUGCAUCCAGCAGGAUGUGCAGCUAUUGGUCUGAGCUCUAAUCUGAUGGUAACAGGUGGUCCAGCACUUUCGGGACCUUGGACGUCUGAUUCUACCUCACACUUGACAACUCAUCCAUGGCUUUCUAGUGGAGUAUUGCCUUGUAUGUGGCAUCCUGACAAUCCCUAUGGUUUGGCCCAUCCCACACUUCAUCAAGCAAUGAAUCCAGCAGUACCUCCUGGGAUGCCAGCAUCUUUUCCUUCUGCAUACAGCUUUGCCAGAGAUCCACAGAAUGGACAGAUUGUGGUCAUUCCUGCUGAACAUAUAUCAAAUUUUGCAGAAAUACUGGAUCGAACAUCAUCCCUCUGGCCUUCUAUGUAUUCUUCAGCACAUAGCUCACUGCAACAUGCACAUCAACUACAGCUAUUUUCUCAACAGCAGCUUAUGCGACAACAUGAACUAUACAUGCUGCUGCAACAGCAGGCAGUUCACUCUAUAGAUCUACACAGAAGUGCUCAACUAGAGGCUCUGGAAUCACAGAGAAGUGAACAAUUAGAUACUAUGGAUUUACAGAGAAAUUCACAACUAGAUAUUCUUGAAAUGCAGAGAAGUGCCCAGAUGGAACUGAAAGAAUUGCAUAGACAAAAUCACCUUGAAUCUCAGCAGUACCAUCGAAGUGAACAUUGUAGGGAGCCCACAAAAGUAGGUGAGGAGAGAGCUGCGGAGAAUGCAUCAGAAGCCAGACAUCCAAGCCCACUAUGCAGCUCAGGGCCAGUCCAGAAGAAAGUGAUUUCCCAGGCAUCCUCAACAGACUGUGGCAAAGCGUUUGAUUUAUCGCCCAUCCGUCUCAAAUUGUUUCCACUUUCAAAUAAAACUGAAGAAAUAACACAGCAAGACCAUGAUUUGCACACCUCUAAAAAUCCUGACUUGCGUCCUGCAGUUUCUGCUAGUAUUUUGCCAAACAAGGUUGAGAAUAAUGAAGAGAUGGCAAAAGGGAUGAAUAUAAAACCAGACUCAUCUCUAAAUGAAGAUACCACCCAAGGAUUUCCAUUUCAGUCUCUAUCAUCUUCGGUACGACGACAUCUGUCUUGCAUAAACCAGUUACAUGAGGUUUCAGAUGAAGAGUGUUUUGUACCUAUUGUCAAGCAGCCUGAAUUAAGCACAGAGACUCCUGUGCUCAAUUUGAAUUCAAAGUCUCAUAAUACAAAGGAUUUUGAGACAAGUGAAGAAAUGGACAAUACAAUUAAAGUAGAAGAUGUAUCUGGAACAUGCAGAGAGAGCCUUCAAGAUGAAAGUGGAUCUUGCUCAGUAACUGUAGAAUGCCACAAAGGCCUUGUACAAGAAAUUAAAGUUAUGGCUAUGGAAGAAAAUGACCAUAAAUCUGUAGUGGAAAACAUAACAUUUUGCAUUUCUGAGGCAAGUCCGAGGACAGGAAAAGAGACUUGUUCAACUCAAACUGACUUUCCCGACACCUUAACCCUCGAUGAAAAUUGCAAAAUGAAUAGGAUAGUUGUGCCUCAGGGCAUUUUACCACCUAACUCAGCAAAUGAGAUGAUGGAUAACAGUGUCGAAAUUGGCAAAGAAUGUACAGAAGGAGACACGGAUAGGAUGUUUAGUUGCUUAGCUGAAAACAUGUCUGGUGGACAUAGCGACACAAACUGUACAAAUGUCAAGACUGAAGAUCCAUUGGCUGGUAUGAAUGUUCUAGUUGCAGCAACUGAAAUGCCCGAAGCCAGCUCUUUGCUGCCUUUGGGCACCGUGAUUCUGACUCCUGACUUAACUUUAGACGAUACUCUGCUACAUGGCAUCAUUCUACUGAGUGAAAUGGCUGAGCUUGAACUGAAGAAAAGAAAACAAGUGGACAAUCUGAAAAGUUAUCAUGCGAGACCAUCCCUUGAAAGCCUGUUGGCUGCCAGUACCCAAAUGUUGAUGGAGGUGCUUUCUUCCUCAGCCCUGGAUGGAUUGAGACCUGAAUCUAUCAAAUUACCCCGUGAACUAUCUCAUAAUAAAAAAUAUAGCUGGAAGCAAGAAAAAAAUCCACAUUUUUCCCUCACGUCUGCAAUUGAGAUUAUGGACUCUGUAGAAGUGGACUGUAGAGUAAGGCUUGCAGAGUUACAAAGGCAAUACAAAGAAAAGCAAAGGGAAUUGGCAAAGCUGCAGAGAAAGAGAGACUCAGAGGACAAGACUGAUGAAAGGAGUAAGACCAUGUCAAAGAGAGGCCCAGGCAGGCCCAAGAAAAGAAAGCAUGGAAUCAAUCCUUUGUUUUAUAAAGAAGAGAGAAUGAAAAACAGCAGCAAUAGAAGGUUAGAGAAACGUGUUUUACUUUCAGAAAGCUCCAAGACUGGCAGCUUUUUCCGAAGAUCAUUGUUGAAUGUUUCAGAAAUUGAUGAAAUAAAAAAUGGAACUGGAGAUAUAAAAGGCAGACUACAUAGUCCAGAGGAGAACGAGAGAGUACAGGGUUACAUGUAUGAGGCUCAAAGCAUUUUUAAAAAGAAAAGGAAAUCUAGCAUCCAGGACCAUCUCAUUAGCACAUUGGACACAGCCCUCUCACUAACAAAACCAAACAAAGAAAAAUCCUGCUUUAAGUUUACAGAUCAUAAUGGAAGGAAACUGAGAGAUGUAAGAAACCUAAAGAAUAUUUCAUCCUCAGACUUCAAGCAAAUGUGCAGUUUUCAACUUUCGAGGACUAACUCAAAAGAAGAAACGGAUACAGAUGAAGAUGAAAAUAUUUUAAGGAAUGAGUGGUCCUCCCAGUCCAGGCCACAACCAUACAGUAUGUGCAGUAUGCUGUCCCGCAAAAUGAAGAGUUUUGAACGUUCACCAUCCCCGGAAAGGAUUUCUUCAUUCUAUAGAACUGGCAAACAGAAGUCAGUCAGCAGAAAUAAGCAGUUUCAUUUGCUGUUAAUGGAUCGCGAGGCUGGGUUCUCAUUCAGUGAUUCAACGGAGGACUCAUUUGACCAAGAUUUCAGUUCAGAAGAGGAGGAGGAGUAUGAUUAUGAUGGAGAGAAUUUAUAUAGUCCACUCAUGGAAGAUAAUGGACUGGGUCUUCUUGCACGAUUUGCUGCCAGUGUUGAGCCCAGCCCACUGCCACCGCUAGCAAAUAUUGAGUUGGAAGAGACACAAAACCAUGAUGAGGAGAAACAAAGUUUUAUUGGCACAGAAUUUGAAGAUACAGAUUCAGAGUGUGAGAUGAAAAUUGAAACAAAGCCCUCAGCUACUUUAAAAUUUGCCAACUCAAAUUUAGCAAAUUCUACAAUAUCAAUAGUUUCAUCAGAAGAUAAAUCUAGUCUUAACCUUUCUGAGAAAGGAAAGAUGAUGAACAAGGCACGCAAAUAUAAAAAAUUUAAAUUCACAAAAGAUCACAGCCAGGAACUCCGGGCUGAGGCUAGCGAUGAUGACCUUUGGAGCCGCCGCCGAAGUGAACGGAUAUUUUUACAUGGGUCUGUCAGUUGUCCAUCUAUGCUUUCUGAUGUGAAUACAAUGACUAACUCUGUGCCUAAAGCUAUCCGCUAUAGCAAAGUGACAAGCUCCAAGAAGGGGAAAGAACAAAUAGAAAAGAAGAAAAGAGUGAAGGAAUCGCUCUCAUCCAGUCUGUCUUCCUCGGACUUGGGUAGCUCUGUGCCUGACAGUUUACUUCCCGUGAGCUGCAGCCGAAAGAACAGAUUAAAGGGGAAGUCUAAAAGCUUAAAGGAAGAGAAUCAUGGGAAAUGUGGAGCUGUAAGUAAACUAAUGGAGAGCAUGGCAGCAGAGGAGGAUUUUGAGCCAAGUCAGGACAGUAGUUUUUCGGAAAAUGAGAAUUGUCCUAUGCCUUCGCAUCCUGAACGGCCAAUUACUCCUGCCCCACGCUCUUGCAUCAUAGACAAGGAUGAACUAAAAGAUGGGUUGCGAGUUCUGAUUCCAAUGGAUGACAAGCUACUUUAUGCAGGCCAUGUACAAACUGUUCACUCCCCAGAUAUAUAUCGUGUGGUGGUAGAGGGUGAGAGAGGAAACCGUCCACAUAUUUACUGCCAGGAGCAGCUGUUGCAAGAAGCUAUUAUAGAUGUAAAGCCUCCUUCUGUCCGUUUUCUAAUGGAAGGAACAAGAAUCGCAGCUUACUGGAGCCAACAAUAUCGUUGUCUGUACCCAGGCACCGUUGUGCGUGGAAACUCUGAUCAGGAAAAAGAUGCUGACUUGGUAACAGUUGAGUUUGAUGAUGGCGAUACAGGGAGGAUACCAUUAUCUCAUAUCAGACUAUUGCCUCCCGAUUAUAAAAUACAGUGUGCAGAGCCUUCGCCUGCUUUAUUGGUACAGAGUACUAAAAGAAAAGUGCGUAAAAAUAGCAAGGAAAAAACUGAUGUAAAAGAAGACUUUUCUAUGGGUUGUGAAACGAUGUCUGUAGAGCGCAAACCCAGGGGACGAAAACCAAGUAUAAAAUCAAUAUCAGACACAACAGUUCAAGAAAAUAUAUUUAAAGAAUCCUCAAGGACAGCCAAGAAGAUAGAAGAAAAACAGCUAGAGCUGAUGAAUUCAGAUAUAGAUUCAGAAUGUCCUCAAGUAUCAUCAGAGAGUCCCACUGACCCAAUUGUUAGAAAGCAUAAAAAAAUUAACAAAACCUUUUGUUCUGGUUCAGUGUCUAAGAGCUUGGUUAGUGGGGGACUGUAUCAUGAAAUAACAGGAAGUGGAUUAAAUCAAGAUGUUUUAAUAGGGAAAUUAAAAGCAAAAAGGAGACAGAAACUAGAGGAACAAAGAGAGUUUGCUUCUUUUGGCAACAGCUAUCAUAAAAAGGAAGCUCAACUACUUGUGAAGCUGGACCGUGAAGGAGUUAUGUCACCAAAGACGAAGAAAACAAAAGAAGCAAUGAUGAGGCAUGAGAAUUCUAAUAAUGCAUCAAAAAGAGAUCGUAAGAAAGUGAUAGGUGAAUGUUAUUCUAGUGUGAGUUCUAGCAAACCUAAGCAAAAGCCUUCUGAAACAACGCCUUGCACAGCAAAACAAACUUAUAUCUCUGAAACUUUUGACCAUACAAGCAGCAACUUAAACAUAUCCUGCAGCAAAAGUGGAACCAAGAAGACUGAAAAACAGUUGGAAAGCAGCAACAGUAGCUCAGAAUCUGAGGAAGAAGAUGGCUCAAGCAAAAGACAAAACAAAAAUCAACAUAGUUCUAGAUCUUCAACAUCUAAAUCUUCAUCAUCUACCAGCAGCAGUUCUUCCUCCUCCUCUUCUUCUUCAUCAUCAUCCUCCUCCUCCUCUUCUUCAUCUUCUUCGUCAUCGUCUUCAUCUUCAAGUUCCAGUUCAUCAUCAUCUUUAACAGAUGAAGCAUCCUCAAGCAGCUCAGAAGAUGAUGCUGUGACUGCUUCUGUUCUUAAAGAUACUCCUCAAAAGCAGCGCUGCAAAUAUGUAAAAUCUGAAAACACUUCUAAGACUGCUGUGCACAUAAAGCAACAAAAGCCAGAGCAACUGAGAAGUAGUAAAUGUAAACCAAAGAAAAGAGAAGGAAUACAUCUUCCUACAACCAAGGAGCUGGCCAAAAGACAGAGACUACCGUCAGUAGAGAACAGGCCAAAAAUUGCUGCAUUUCUGCCUGCUAGACAGCUUUGGAAGUGGUUUGGAAAGCCCACUCAGAGGAGAGGAAUGAAGGGAAAGGCUCGGAAGUUAUUCUAUAAAGCAAUAGUCCGUGGAAAGGAAAUUAUACGGAUUGGGGAUUGUGCUGUGUUCUUAUCUGCCGGACGUCCAAAUCUCCCCUACAUAGGAUGCAUUCAAAGCAUGUGGGAGUCCUGGGGAAAUAACAUGGUUGUGAGGGUGAAAUGGUUCUAUCAUCCAGAGGAGACUUGUCCUGGAAAAAAGAAUUGGGAGCAGCAACCUGCCAAAGGAAGCACAUCCAGCCUGCAGCUAUCUAUACAAAGGAAGGAUUUUAUGGAGAGAGCACUGUACCGGUCAUCUCAUGUCGAUGAAAAUGAUGUGCAGACUGUUUCUCACAAAUGUUUGGUUGUAGAACUUGCACAGUAUGAGCAGAUGAUCAAGACAAAAAAGUACCAAGACAGUGAAGAUCUUUACUACCUUGCUGGAACAUACGAACCAACCACAGGAAUGAUCUACAAUACUGAUGGAGUCCCUAUUAUCUGUUAAAUAUACAGGAAAAAUACGCAAACUUAAGACUUUUGUUGACAAUCAUUAGUACACUUAUGUUUGAAUACAGGGGGUUGACUGCAAUCUUCUACAAGUAAAUAACACUACGACAUAUCUUAAGCAGAAUUAAUGUGCUUGAGAUUAUUUAUAUAUAU